AUGGUCUACCUCCGACACAACCAGCUUCCGGCGCUGAAGGAGUACAAGUACUCGGCGGUCGAUCGCUCGCUCACGUCCAAGUACAUCCUCAAGCCGUUCUACAAUAACUUCGUCAUCAAGCUGUUUCCUAUGAGCAUGGCACCCAAUUUGAUCACGCUCACUGGUUUCCUGUUUGUGGUAAUCAACGUCUUGACCCUCCUGUGGUAUAAUCCUACCCUCGACCAGGACUGUCCCGCUUGGGUCUAUUUCAGCUGGGCUCUGGGUCUCUUCCUUUACCAGACUUUUGAUGCCGUCGACGGUGCUCAAGCACGCCGGACGAAGCAAUCCGGUCCCCUCGGAGAGCUCUUUGACCACGGUGUUGAUGCUCUAAACACUAGUCUCGAGGUCCUCAUUUUCGCUGCCUCUCAAAACAUGGGCCAAGGAUGGAAGACGGUUGCUACUCUGUUUGCUUCGCUCCUUACUUUCUACGUUCAGACCUGGGAUGAGUACCACACCAAGACUCUCACCCUUGGCAUCGUCAACGGUCCGGUAGAAGGUGUCUUGAUUUUGGUCGCCGUAUAUACCCUCACCGGUUUGCUUGGCGGAGCUCACAUCUGGCAACAGAGCAUGCUGAAAACUAUUGGUAUUCCCGAGACUCUGGGGAUCCCCAAACUCGUUUACGAGCUCUCCUUCACCGAGUGGUACCUCGCCCAAGGCGCCGUCGUCCUAGUCCUCAACACUGUCGAGUCCUCGUUCAACGUCAUCCGAGCCCGUCACAACCGUGGUGACCGCUCACGCGGAGCUCUUGUCGGCCUACUACCGUUUUUUGGCAUGUGGGCUAUGAUCGUCACCUACCUGCACCUGCAGCCUCACAUUUUGUACCACCACCUCGUUCCCUUUGUGCUUUUCGCCGGUAUUGUCAAUGCCUACAGCGUUGGACGGAUGAUCACGGCCCACCUCGUCAAGCUUCCUUUCCCUUACUGGAAUGUUCUCAGCAUUCCCCUAGCAUGCGGCGUCAUCGAUGCUCUUGGACCCGUUUUCGUCAGACGAUUCGGCGUUGGCUGGCCCAGCGCUCUUGGACACGAUGAAUACCAGGUUUCUUUUGUUUUCCUCAUCCUUGGUAUCGCCCUCGGUGUCUAUGGCAGCUUUGUCGUUGAUGUCAUCGUGUCCAUAUGUGACUACCUCGAUAUUUGGUGCUUGACCAUCAAGCACCCUUCUGACGAGUUCGUCCCGAAGAUGAAUGGCGAGAAGAUACAUUAG